CUCGGAAUCGUUAAUAUGUGGCCUGCUGUUGUACUAUUUUUGAUUGCUCUAGGAACAAUCAGUUUUACCCAUUAUGCUUAUAGAUGGAGGAACCCCAAGUGCAAAACUGGAAAAAUCCCGCCAGGUUCAAUGGGAUUCCCUCUAAUCGGAGAGACCAUUCAGUUCUUGAUCCCAAGUUACUCCUUGGACACCCCGCCUUUCAUAAAGAAGAGAGUUGCCAGGUAGGGGAAGCUGUUCAAAACUAGUUUGGCAGGUAAAAAGAUGGUUAUUACAACAGAUCCUGAGAUCAGCAACUACAUAUUCAUGGAAGAAGGGAAGUCGGUUCAUUUGUGGUACAUGGAUUCAUUUGAUAAGUUUAUCGGAGAGGAUUUAAUAAACUCAACAACAAGUGCUUACAUUCAUAAGUAUCUUAAAAAUCUAGUUCUCAAUCACGUUGGCAACGAAAGCUUGAAAGACAAGAUGCUCCCUAAAAUUGAAUUGAUAGUCAACCAGGCUCUAAAUUCUUGGUUAACUAAACCUUCCGUCGAAGUAAUAGAGUGCACUGCCAUUAUGGUUAUCGAGUUGGUAUUGAAGGAACAAUUAGGUUAUGACUCUCUACACAUAAUUUGGUUAAGAUGUUGUCUGAAUUUGUAAAAGGUCUUAUGAGCAUUCCUCUUAACAUACCGGGUACUACUUAUCACAGAUGUAUGAAGAAUCAAAAGAAAGUGUUGCAACUAAUGAAGGACAUCCUACGCGAGGGACAAAACUCGACCGAAAAACGUAAAGGAGAUUUUCUAGAUCAACUCAUCGAUGAUGUCAAAAAGGAGGAAUUCAUGAGCGUGGAUUUAGCUGCUGUUAUAAUGAUCGCACUUGUUUUUGCUAGCUUUGAAACAGUUUCUACAGCUUUCAGAGUUGCUAUGAUGUUCCUAACAGACCAGCAAGCGCCUUUGAUUGUGAAGGAACUAUUGGUAGAGCAUCAAACAAUUAUUCAUAACCGAGAAAAUGUUGAUUCGCCACUUACAUGGGAAGAAUACAAAUCAAUGACUUUUACGCCUAAGGUCAUUAAUGAAACACUUCGGAUGACAAACAGUCUACCAGGGAUAGUGAGAAAGGCAAAUAAAGAUGUACACAUAAAUGGAUAUGUAAUUCCUAGAGGCUGGAUAAUCAUCGUUAUUCAAACUGCAAUGCAUAUGAACCCAGAAAAAUUUAAGGAUCCCCUCUCUUUUAAUCCGUGGAGAUGGAAUUUUUUAAAACUGCAUAUAGGACAUUGGAUCAAAUAUUAUGGGCAAAAGUUUCAUCCCAUAUGGAGGAGGGAAGAGGAAUUGUGCCGGGACUGAGUUUUUUAAGGUUUUAAUGUCCGUAUUUUUGCAUGUUUUGGUCACCAAAUACAGGUAUAUAUUGAUAAUUGAUUACUCAUAAACUUCCCUUAGAUAUGCAUAUCCCUGAAGUAUCGUUAUUGCUUUUUAAUUACAUUUUUGGAAUCUUGUCAGUUGGAUAAAAGUUAAAGGAGGACAAGCAGUUCGAUGGCCUGGUUUAUCUGUCAAAGAUGGUUUUCACGUUUAAAUCUCAUCGAAGGAGAUGACCUUAUAAUACUAUCAAGGAAACGGAUCAGGAGAGUACAGACGGCAUCAAAUUGGUUUCUAGACUGUACUACUACUGUUUUGUUUUAUGAAAAUUAUUAGCCAACUAUUAUAUAUAUAUAUGCUUUAAGGAAAUUCUGGUUUUACCUUCGUAACUAUUUGGGGGUAAGAGAUAGAUAGGGGUAACCACAAAGGAGUCGAGCUUUGUCUAAGGCACUCCCUUGUGGGUCUGCGUCUAUUGAUGGAGUCUAUCCCAAAAUUAAAAUAAAACUAGAAAGAUUAGAUAGAUGUUGUUUUCU